CUUCUCUCACACCAGAACAUCUGCAAGAUAGAAGUAACACCGCAACAAAAUACCCAAGCACUACACUUCGACACUCAAAGCCAGCAGAAAGCAUUAUUCGACCAAGACACGAGCAUCCCUCUCUGUCUUCCUCCCUCUCUACUUCGACAAAGUAACCACCAUCCUUCCUCUCUACAUUUUUUAAAGAAGCACCAUCCACCAAAAUGGCUGGUCACGGAUUUAUCUGGUUCACUUGUUUCCUCCUUUUGGCCUCCAUGCUCUUGGAGGUCAGUCAGGCGCGAGACCUAAAAUCCAAGACUGUGGAUGGCCUCGAGCAGCUGGAAUUGCCCACAAAGACGGUGGCGCCCAGCGUUACAUUAACAAUCCCAUUUCCCGGACAUCUGACCGGCGAGCUCACGACUGUUCUCCCUCCCGACGCCUUCACCACAGUUGCCCCCGAUGAAGAUGUAAUCGUGACGGUCGGCCUGCCAGGGCAUUUGACGGGCGCGAUGACCGUCACCGUGUCCCAGGAGCCGCCAAUUCCGACAACAUUUUACGUCACACACAAAGCGACCGUCCUCAACAAUCCAUUUACGUUCACCGCUGCAUUUCCAUACCCAAGCGUCGCUCCAGGCAAACCCAAAGGCGAGACAUACGACUGCAAAGACCAAAUCAGGACUGGAUGGGAAGAUUUCUACACCAUGCCGCACACUAUCAACAAGUGCUAUCCCAUCCUAUGGCCGACAUGUAUCCGCGAAGCCAAAGCGGCCUUCGCCAAAUUCCGCGACUUUUGUGGCAGCUGGAACAAAACCAUGGGUGUCGUUCCUCACAAGAGUUGCCUUAUCGACCACUACGUCCCCGAUGAUGGCGAGGAACGGUAUUUCCAAGAUCAGUUGACCAUGUGGUUGAAGGUCAAGACCUGCUGUUAUUCCAAUGACAGAGAAUUCGACCGCGAAAAUGAGUGGUGCAAGAUAUACCGCAUCAAAGAUAUGGAUGAGUGGGAAUAUUACACUCAGAACUUCGGGGUCUACGGUGUCUACGACGAAGACUUCAUCUACAAUUUGUCUGAGGAGAACUUUGAUCCUUCCACCGGCUGGAGAGAAUACUUCGGCUACACCGGCGAGCCGUGGAAAUUCCCCGUUGCUGCUCCUUCUCCGGCCCCAACAAGAGGAUAUAGAACUUCUACAACUUCUACAACUUCUACAACAUCGGAGAUAUCUAUGAGAUCAAAAGGUUAGGAAAUGUUAUGGAGUUGGAAUAUUGGAUUAGAGUCUAUGAGUUCUGAUUUUAGCACGCAGGGGAUGACCGAGAGCAUAGGCAUUCAGGAGUUGGAACGUUGGACAGAGUCUAUGGGUUCUGAGUAUAGCAAGCAGCAAGCACGCAAGCACGCACGCACAGGCAUGGAUGGAUGGACGCAUGUAUAGUUAGUAUUGUAUCAUUCCUGACAGACUGAUAUUCUUCAAAAUUGAC